UUCAUUGACUUUGCUCACUUUGGGCCGGGGCGCGGGAAGGUGCGGGUGGUCGGCGGAGACAAGCGAGUGGCUUGGACGACGCGGGGCCAGGGGGGCAGGACCGCCAGCCGGCCACAGCCGGGACCGGCCUCCGCCCCGCAGCACGAGCCACCCUCCGGUCCUCCAUCGCCGCCGGCCGGUCCGCCCGCCCUCCGUCCCCCCGCCGCCAAGCCCGACCUCCAAAAAGCUGAAAGAAUUAUUAUUGCAAGUCAGCCCAUACCCCCCUCACUCGCCCCGCAACCGUCAACGAAGAAAAGGACACAUCGGCCCCGGCCCGGCGGCGUCCGGGAAGGAAGGGAAAGCGAUCUCCGCCCCGCGCCCGGGACCACCCUGGAGGCAUAAGCCGCCCCGCGGCCGGCAGACCGCCCCGCCGCCGCGGAGACCCGAGUGAAGCUGUCUAGAGCCCAAGGCUGCCCACCUUCCGUCUCCUGCCAGUGCUCUUGGCUUGUGCACGUGUGCUGCACUGAUUCUCUGCCUAGGACAGGACCAUGCAGCUGGAGAUCAAGGUGGCCCUGAACUUCAUCAUCUCCUACUUGUACAACAAGCUGCCCCGGCGUCGGGCAGACCUGUUUGGGGAGGAGCUAGAGCGGCUCUUGAAAAAGAAAUAUGAAGGCCAUUGGUACCCUGACAAGCCACUGAAGGGCUCUGGCUUCCGCUGUGUCCACAUUGGGGAGAUAGUGGACCCCGUGGUGGAGCUGGCCGCCAAGCGGAGUGGCCUGGCAGUAGAGGAUGUGCGGGCCAACGUGCCUGAGGAGCUGAGCGUCUGGAUUGACCCUUUUGAGGUGUCCUACCAGAUUGGUGAGAAGGGGGCUGUCAAAGUGCUGUACCUGGAUGACAGCGAGGGCUGUGUUGCCCCAGAGCUGGACAAGGAGAUCAAGAGCAGCUUCAACCCUGAUGCCCAGGUAUUUGUGCCCAUCGGCAGCCAGGACAGCUCUCUGUCCAACUCCCCAUCGCCGUCCUUUGGCCAGUCACCCAGCCCCACUUUCAUCCCCCGCUCCGCCCAACCCAUCACCUUUACCACCGCCUCCUUCGCUGCCACUAAGUUUGGCUCCACCAAGAUGAAGAAGGGUGGUGGGGCAGCAAGUGGUGGGGCUGUAGCCGGCAGUGGGGCAAGUGGCCAACAGCCCCCACAGCAGCAGCCUCGCAUGGCCCGCUCUCCCACCAACAACCUGCUGAAGCACAAGAGCCUCUCUUUGUCUAUGCAUUCACUGAACUUCAUCGCAGCCAACCCGGCCCCUCAAUCCCAGCUCUCGCCCAAUGCCAAGGAAUUUGUGUACAACGGCAGUGGCUCUCCCAGCCUCUUCUUUGAUGGGGCCGAUGGCCAGGGCAGUGGGGCCGGCACCUGCAAUAGCAGCAGCUUUGAUGUGGCCCAGGUGUUUGGAGGUGGCACCAAUAGCCUCUUCCUGGAGAAGACGCCCUUCGUGGAAGGCCUCAGCUACAACCUGAACACCAUGCAAUAUCCCAGCCAGCCGUUCCAGCCCGUCGUGCUGGCCAACUGACCACCCACCUGCCCGCGGGGCCAGGAGCACCCAAGACCACAGAAAAGAGAAAGGAAAGGAAAGGCCAAAAAAAAAAAAGGAAAAGAAAAAUAUACAAAAA